AUGGAGGUCCCCAAGAGACCCGAUGAGAAGCCCCUCCGUCUUCCCCUCCAGGACGUGUACAAGAUUGGCGGUAUCGGAACUGUGCCCGUUGGUCGUGUUGAGACUGGUACCCUCAAGCCCAACAUGAGCGUCUGCUUCGCCCCCUCCGGUGUCACUACCGAUGUCAAGUCCGUCGAAAUGCAUCACGUGCAGCUCGAGAAGGCCAUCCCCGGUGACAACGUUGGUUUCAACGUGAAAAACGUUUCCGUCAAGGACAUCAAGAGAGGCAACGUCGCUUCUGAUGCUAAGAACGACCCCGCUAAGCCCGCUGGUGCUUUCGAGGCUCAGGUUAUCAUUAUGAACCACCCUGGUGAGAUCAAGGCGGGAUACACUCCCGUGUUGGAUUGCCACACUGCCCACAUUGCUUGCAAGUUCGAGAAGUUGAUGGCUAAGAUGGACAAGAGAACCAACAAGGUCACUGAUGAUGCCCCCACUGUUGUGAAGAACGGUGACUCAGCCAUCGUCAGACUUGUGCCCACCAAGCCGAUGUGCUGUGAAGCUUUCUUGGAGUACCCUCCCCUUGGUCGUUUCGCCGUCCGACUACGCCACCAAGAAGACCGCCGCUAA